AGUUGGCCACAAAUAAAGGGACUUUCAAGUGGUCCCGACUAUCUCGUUGUCUAUCAUGCCUUAGGUGUUUGGAGGCCCACAAGAAACUCUCGCUCUCACUGAUGGUCCUGACUUAUUCCUAGUAUCUUACUGGUCCCCGCAUACUGUUUCUUUAAAUUGGACACAUGAAAUGCCACUUCUAUCAGAUCUGCUGUUUUCAGAUAGUCAUGGCCCUGGCUCCAGUUACCUGCAUCGUUCUUGUGCUGCUCGCAGCUGUCAAUGCUACUCGCGUCGACAAUGAAGCAGACACGAUCUUUGCGGGAGGGGUGGAUGCGACGCAUGAUCCACGAUAUGUGUCUACUAUCCUGGAAAACAAAGCACUAAGCAGCGUUGUUGGCGAAACUUACUGUUGCCUCAGGAACGGAUGGGGCUGCAUGCAGGAGUGCGAGAAAGGCAAAAAUUACCAGUGCUGCCUUAAGAAUGGGUUUGGGUGCAUGCAGAACUGUGAGACAUCGAAAAAGUACUCCUGCUGUCUCAAGAAUGGAUUUGGCUGCCUGUGGAAGUGCGAGGAUGGUGUGGAACACUACUGCUGCGAGCGGAAUGGCUUUGGCUGCACCAAGAUGUGUCCCAAGACAGUCACUACUGGCAACCUGUAAACUGGAUAUGAACUGUGGCUCUGGAUAUGGAUGUAUGGGUUUGGUUGCCGCCUGAGUUUAAAUAAAAUGCUACUAUUAUACGCGGAGCUCUCUCGGCUCCGCUAGUAGAUCUCCCCUCCUCAAAGCUAACUGAUGCAUUUUUUAAUUGAAGGCACUAAUCCUUAGGUGCUCACUUUCCUUGCAA